AUGACGGCUGCAGAGGGCAAAGUCUACCGCCUGCGAGGAAUCCCCUCUCACCUGGACCGCCUCGGCGUGGCCCUUGUCGUCAGCAGGUUCAUCCCCGGCGGCGACCAGCGAGACGUCCAAGUCGCGUCGCUGGCCCUCUGCUGCGAGGUCUGGGCGAGCCCGCGCACCAAAACGGCGACACUGUCGUUCAGGAAGCUGCCGGAAGUCGUCACCAGAGAGCCCGAGGCGGGUGAAUGGGUGCUGCCGGAUCCUGCGCUGGCGAAGCCGCUGCUUCUGGACGAUGCGUUUAUCGGGCUGUCCCCGUUGAAUGAUCUGCCGGAGCAUGAGCAUCAUCACGACUGCAUCGUCAUGUCAGGUCUCGCAAGUCAUCCCAUGGGAUCUUGGCAGCCACACGGCAAGGACAAGUCCUUCAUGUGGAUACGAGACGCGCUUCCACAUCUCGUCCCCAAUGUCAAGUUCAUCCUCUACGGCUACGAUACCAGGCUGGCCGGAAGCAAGUCGUUUCAAACCGUGUCAGAUAUUGCGCUGUCCUUCAUCCACACUCUACAGCAAGGUGGAUGGGCUGCGCCUGGCCCCAGGAAGCUCAUCUUCUUUGCCCACAGCCUGGGCGGCAUCGUUCUUAAGCAGGCGAUGCGCAUGUUGGCCGACAGCAGCGUGAUGGAUGAAUUGAUCCUCAACCGCAUCAGGGGUGCCAUUUUCUUUGGGGUUCCGAGUCAGGGCCUGGACGUCUCGGACCUCCAGAUUAUGCUGCAAGGCCAACCCAACAAGGAUGCACUUGUCAAGGAGAUCUCGACCGAAACUCCGUUCGUGAAGACGCUCGAGGAGCAGUUCUCCGGGAUCAGCAAUCUCAAGAACAUGAGGCUGCUUUGGGCGUACGAGACGGAGACGACACCCACGGUAACAAUUGUCAACGGAAAAUACAAGAGAUGUGGCCCCGGAACUAUCUUUGUGCCUCCGUCCUCUGCAACAAGCCAGCGCUGUGACUUUGACUCAGCCUCGACUAUACAAAUCAACGCCAAUCACUCCGACAUGGUCAAAUUCUCCCGGGGGAAUGAGCUUGUUGAUCGAAUUGCGUACAAACUUCGUGACAUGGUCAAAGACGACGUCGAAGCGUUUGAACGAGAGAGCGGACCGGCCACUGAGAGAACAACAGUCUUUCAUAAGGACAUCAACCAGUCAGCUCAGAUCCUGGUGGACCAUACCGACCCUGCUGCCGAUCCGGAGUUCUGGGAUGUUCAAUCCAUCAGACAGGCAAUACGUGCCCCCGAACGAGAUAGCCGAUUGGAGCAAAUUGACACUGCAGCUGGUCACUCCUUCCUGUGGGCUUUUGAGGAGUCCUCGGCUGGCUUGACCAGCUGGCUGCAGAACGACGAGAGGCUGUUUUGGAUAUCCGGGAAGCCGGCGUCUGGAAAGUCUACGUUCAUGAAGUAUUUGUACCAACACCCUCUCACGUGGGAAUACUUACGUGGAUGGCGCCGCAGUUCCAACUCGAUCCGAGCGACCUUCUUCUUCCACCAUCGUGGUACCGCGAUCCAGAAGUCCCUCGAGGGUCUCUGUCGCGGGAUCUUGAGUCAAGCCCUCGAGCAAGCUCCUCAGUCAUUCUUGACUAUCCAACCCAUUUUCAAGGAAGCAUAUCAUAAUGCCGUGCAAGCAGGCCAUCUCGGAAGCCUUUCUCUCGACCUGCAAAGGUUGGUAGAGACGUGCAAGGUUACUCCAAAUGCUGAGAUUUUGAGGCAACUUCAAACCGUGCUGCAGUGUGAGCUGCCUUGGCAAGCCUUUUGUACCAUGCUUACCGAAGCAAUGAAGGCCACCAGUGGUACCGAGGACGGAACCGACCAAGUGAUGCAGCAGGUCCAUCUGUUGAGAGACGAUCUCCUGGCGGCGUACGACAAAGACAGGGCCGAUACUUUUGGUGAAACCUUCCACGUGAAGCGCAUUCUCUCCGCCCUUGAUGGGCCGCUGAUAGCGGAAAUAAAUCUUACCUCGCUGAUCACCGGCUGGCUCGAAGCUACGGAUAUCAACAAGCAAAUGGCAACUUUGAAGCGAUUAUUGGCAGUGCCAGGAUGGAAACAGCUCGAGCAGUCUGCACGAAGCCAUAAUCAACUAGACAAAAUGGUAGAAGGGCUUACCCGUGCGAUCGCCUGCAUCACCAACCAGCAAGUGCUCGACUUGGACCUGUGCAUAUUCAUCGAUGCACUAGAUGAGCAUGGUGGCCCUCCCGAGUUCGUCGUUCAGCUCAUCAAGGAUAUCACCUCUGCCAAAGAGAGCAGAACAAGAAUGAAAAUUUUGUUCUCAAGCCGGCCAUGGCAGCCCUUUGUUGACGCUUUCGGACAUGGUCCCGGCGUUCAAAUCCAUGAUUUCACUGAGAAUGACAUUCGCGAGCUUUGUCUACAAAGGAUUACCCCCGAUGUACCAGGCUCAGCAGAGGUACUGCAGCUUGUGGAAGAUAUUGUCAAGCAAGCCAGGGGCGUCUUUUUGUGGGUGAAGCUUGUGCUCAACGACCUUCUGGACAAUGCUGCCAAGCUUUUGGCCUCUGGAAAUAACUCACAGCGUCUCCGCGAUGCGCUCAUGGUUAUUCUUCAAUUGCUGCCCGUCGAUUUGGAACAGUACUACAAGAUCAUUAUAGAUAGAUUACCCUACUCGUACCGUUGGGAGGCCUUUUGCUUGCUAGAGGCUGUCAGCAAGUCACUAGAGCCAAUCUAUCGCGAUCAAAUGGCCGACAUUAUGCUAUGUGCGAAAGUCCGACAUAUUGAUGACAUUUUCAAGUCGCGGCAGCGGAGGGGAAGCUGGAAUAUCACAGGCCGGUAUACGAAGGAGCAGCUCAGAACACACUCGGGCGGCUUGAUCGAGAUGACUCAUGAUGGCCAACUUCAACUGCUGCACCAGACGCUUGUCGAAUUCAUCAAGCUUCCCGAGUUCAAGCACCUUGUGCUUGGAGAGAGGUACCGCAUUGUUAAAGAGAAUGGUUAUUCAAUCCUUGCGAGAUACAAGGCUUUACAAAAUGUUGGACAAGCUGCAGACUGUCUGGUUGAUCCAGUAGUCACAGUGGAUGAGACAUUUCUACAUUAUGCACGCGAAGCCGAGUUGACCACCGGAAGCAGCAUAUACGUCUUUUUCUCAGAUGCCACUUGGAGGCCCCUAGGCGCAACGUCAACAGGCCUUUCACCCAAGUAUUAUUACUUGAAAGACGCGCGGUACACAACGCUGGAGUUGGCGGUAGCCUACAAUCUCAGGUUGCUUCUAGAGGAAAGCCUGAAGAAUUGUAGGAAUACAAGAGCUGUGCUUCUCUUUCCCAUCAUUUUUACCAUGAUUGAGCGGGAAACGCUCGACAAAGACAGCGCUUUGACUCUGCUUCGUGAGAUGGCGGCUAAGGGGCUGCAGAUCCAUGCCAGUCACCCGGGCCUGCUCGCCUUGAUGGAUUAUCUGCGCGCCAGUGUCAAUGUGGAGUACUCGUCGACUGAUGCAAUCAAACCCUCCAGAGCAUUCUUGUGGCAGAACGUGACAGUCCUCUCGGAACCUGGGGCCAAUUUCUCAACCAACAUGGGCUGCCUUGCUUACUUCAACGUCAGCGACAGAUUUACCUGGUUAAUGCGGCUUCACGGAGAUGACGGGACCGUCCAAGCUCUUCACAUGCUGAACGACCAUCUGACCACACACCAUCUCUUAGAGAGGGGCGAAGACCCCAACGGAUUGACUUCGAGAGAACUGACGCCGCUCGACUGCUGGGUAAAGGCCAUGCUGGACCACGGAAGUCUUCCCCAUGAGGGGAAGGACGAGUUUACGGCUAAUCUCCUGCUUAAACGCGGCGGGCGACUCAACGUUUCCACGAGACAGGAGUGGAACAAAGCUUCGAGGGUCAAGAAGUGGCUCAAGGCCUUUCUAGGCGACAAAGGCAGACGUGACGGAUGA